AUGACAUCCCACGACCACGACCGCGACCACGACCAUAAAGAAGAGUCCGAAAUCCCCCUCUCCGAAUCCACCGCGCCCCCUCCAAUCGAACCCGAACCUCACCAACGCACCUCCCAACCCCCCGAACCCGAACUCGAACUUCAACCCAAGACCAAAGAAACAGUCCAACCCCUCUCCAAACAUCCCUCCACCCACCUCUACACCCUCUCCUAUCUAGUCUUCUUUGCCAUCUUCGGCACCCUCGCCCGCCUUGGCCUCCAAUCCCUAACGUUCUACACGGGCGCACCAAUUGUCACGGGCGUACUAUGGGCGAACGCAAGCGGCUCGCUACUCAUGGGCUUCUUUCUAGAAGACAAGAAUCUCUUCCGCGAAGAAUGGGGCGAGAACCGAGAGACGAUAACCGAGCAUGAACGACUGAAAGCGCACAAAGCGACUAAGAAGACUAUCCCGCUUUACAUCGGCCUGACAACCGGUUUCUGUGGCUGUUUUACCUCUUUCUCCUCGUUUAUCAGGGAUGUUUUCCUCGCGCUCGCAAAUGAUCUUCCAGACCCCUCCCGUGAUUCGUUUUCGGGUCCUGUUUCGAGAAAUGGGGGGUACAGCUUCAUGGCGCUCGUCGCGAUCCUCCUCAUCACCGUAUCGCUAUCCCUCGCUGCGCUGGUCGCGGGUGCGCAUCUAGCGCUUACGUGUGACCGGCUCAUGCCUGUCCUUCCAUUCCGAUUUACACGACGGAUUCUGGACCCUGUUAUCGUGGUACUUGGCUGGGGAUGUUGGCUCGGCGCGGUCUUCAUGGCCAUCUGGCCUCCAGACCGUCACAGCCCGGGAACCGAGACCUGGCGCGGAGCUGCAAUCUUCGCGAUCGUUUUCGCGCCGCUAGGCUGUCUCCUCCGGCUCUAUCUCUCGCUAUUUCUAAACGCCAAACUUCCCAGUUUCCCGCUGGGCACGUUUGCGGCGAAUAUCCUUGGCACGGGCAUAUUGGGCAUGUGCUAUGAUCUGCAGCAUGUUGGUGGGAUUAGUGCUUCGGUGGUUGUUAGUUGUCAGGUGUUGCAAGGGGUUAUGGAUGGGUUUUGCGGGUCGUUGACGACGAUUAGUACUUGGGUUGCUGAGUUGAAUGGGCUGAGUAAACGGAGGCAUGCGUAUUUUUAUGGGACGGUUAGUGUUGGUGUUGGGCUGGGGUUGUUGAUUGUUAUCAUGGGGAGUUUGCUUUGGACGAGGGGGUUUGAUACCCCGAUGUGCUAG